CCUGGCCUAAAGCAGAUGCCCUGGGGGGAGUGGAUUAGUGGGCUAUUGAGAAUGUCCAUCCAUUCAGCUCCCAGUUCCCUUAUCUCUCACGUUUGUCUCUCUACUGGCUUUUCCACCUCCUUAUAACUCUGUUCCUGGAAAAGGAACGAACCCAGGCUGUCAGGCUACCAUCGUAAACUGCCACAUCAGCAAGGAUUGCACCUGGCCAGAGGAACUUCUGAUCAAGAAAUAAGCUUUUCUAGAGCCUUGAAAAGUCAGUAUGUUGGAUCAGAUUCAUUGGCUGGCUGCUGUGACAGUCCUGGGAGUCCUGGAGCAAGCCUACUUCUUCCUCCAGGUGAUCUAUGCUAGGAGGUUGUUUGGUGUUUCACCUCCAAAGAUCUCAGGCCCUCCUGAAUUUGAAAGGAUCUUUCGAGCACAGGUGAACUCCUCUGAGUAUUUUCCCAUCUUCCUGGCACUUCUGUGGCAGGCUGGACUCUUCUUCCAUCAAGGUCUGGCUGCAGCCUUGGGUCUGCUCUAUCUCUACGCUCGAUACUGCUACUUUAAGGGAUACAAGGCAUCGUCCUCAGAAAGACUCGCCCCGAUAUACUUCAGUGCUGGAGUCCUCUGGAUUCUCAUUGCAGUGUCAGCCCUGGGCAUCCUGCAUUUCUUCCUCUCUCACUAUGUGGGGCUGAAUGUCCUCCAGCGUCUGAGAGCAUGACCCAUCCUCUGUGUUUCAUCACUGUCUUCAUCUCCAAGCUCCCUCCUGCCUGCCUUAACAGACUGGCUGCAACUCAACAGCCCUCGAUGAGAAAUCCACCCUCACCUGAGCUUUUAACACCUCCUUCCUCACUGUCCAGCACUGCUGAGCUGUUUAGGAGAUAUUUUUCACCCAUGACACUUUGUGUGCCAAGUGCUCCACAUCUGGCGGCUCCAGUGUGUCUGAUGGGGAAACAACAAUCCCAAACAAGGACAAAUAAAAGAAAACUCUUCUCAGUCUGAGUUUCCCAGUGAGUUGCCAAAGGGAAGUGCCAUGUGUUCCCCAUUCUCAGCCCAGGCACAGAACACAGAUUCAUGCCAGUUUUCCAAGGCCCACACCUAAGAAAGACAUUUGUUUGGAACCAGAUGUGGGCUGAGACAUAACAAAAGAGGUGAGAUAUAAACUGGAGCAGCCACCAACAUGUUGUGCAAAAGUCUGUUGGUGCCCUCAUGCUGGUUAUCAGCCACUCCUGUAAAUCAGACUGUGUGAAUCCAUCACCACUUCACAUGUGCCGCUUUGAACUUGGUCCAGUGACAAUAGGCACAAAUAAAAGGUCACUGAAGUUGCUG